GACUUUGUACAGUGUGAUCUCACCAAAGAAAAAGAAACAAAUCCAACUCCACUCUGAAGCAUGAAAGAACUUUUAGUAAGAAGCUCAACAUCUUUUAAAAGAUAUUCAUCAUAGUAGAGACUUGCAAGGUGUCAAAGUUGUGUUUUUAUGCAAAUUUAUUCUCAUUUACAUAAACAAGGACAUUUGUGUAAGCACCUACAUAUGGUAAUGGUAUAUACUUAUGCAAAUAGUGUUAACUCCCAACUAGGCAAAAGUGAUAAAAAGCCUCUUAGGCUGCUCAGAGACAGCACAGUUGGGAAGAUGAAUGGGUCUGUAGGGGCAAAAAGAAAGACCUCUGAUUCCUGGGAAAUGAAAUAAUGAAUCCACACUCCAUAGCUAUCUUCUGUAUGUCUUAGAUUAAAAUGGUCAUAAUGACUACAUUUUUGUUGCUAAGGUUCCUUAUUCACAAUAAAGUAUUCAUGGACAAAAUCUUUUAUCGCUCAAUAACAUGAACUCCAUUUUUUAAAAAAUAGGUAGUGCCAAAGAUCAUGACAUCAACAAUCCUAGAUUUCACAUCCCACUCCCCUUGUUCUCCAGAGUGGAGCACAUUAAACAAGAGAUGGCCAGAGACAAUAUACAUUUUGUCCGAUUUGAAGCAACAGACCUACAUGGAGUGUCCAGGUCCAAGAGCAUUCCAGUCCGGUUUUUUCCAGAAAAAGCAAUCCAUGGUAUUUCCAUGCCCAGAGGUUAUCUUGAGCUAACUCUGAAUCCUAAAGACAGUGAAGUGGAUCAUCUAAGCAUAGCCUGUUUUAAUAAUGACAUCAUCCUGAUCCCAGAGUUAUCAACCUUUAGACUUCUCCCAUGGACUGAGAGAACAGCAAGAGUGAUAUGUGAUCCCUUUACCAUAAUGGGCAACCCUCUAUUGACUUCUCCCAGGCACAUUGCCAAACGACAGCUGAACCACCUACGGGAUAAUGGUUUUUCUCUGUAUUCUGCAUUCACCUAUGAAUUCUGCAUUUAUGGCGUUGCUGAAGUCAUAGAUUCAAAGACAAUAUCCUUUCCCAUGGGAAUGUUACUAAGCAGUCAUGACCAGCUCUUCAUUCAGGAGCUCGUUGAUGGAAUGUAUCAAAUGGGAGUCAAUAUUGAGAGCUUUUCUUCUUCCAUUGGGCCCGGGCAGAUGGAAGUAACUUUUUGGCCAGAAUUUGGCAUCACUGCGGCAGAUAAUGCCUUCACCUUCAGGACAGGUAGCAAAGAAGUAGCAAAAAAGCACAAUUAUCUAGCCAGCUUUUUCACUGAGACAGGAUUUUAUAAUUCAGGAAUUCUGACCCAUAGUCUGUGGGACACCAGUGGGAGGAAAAACAUGUUUUCUACUGGCUCCAGGGCACAACAGCUUACAGACAUUGGGAAGAAAUGGUUAUCAGGGCUCUUAAAGCAUUCUGCUGCUCUCAGCUGCUUAAUGGCACCUGCUGUCAGCUGCAGAAAGCGUUAUUCUAUGGAUUGUAAAGAACCAAAGGAAUGUGUGGCCCCAACAUGGGGGUAUAAUGAUAACAAUUGUUCUUAUACUAUCAAGUGUCAUGGUGAGAAAGGUGCUCAAAUAGAAAACAAACUGGGUUCAGCCACAGCAAACCCUUACCUUGUACUUGCUGCUACCAUUGCUGCUGGUUUAGAUGGAAUUCAAAAUGGGAAUAGCCUUUUGGAUGGUCCAGAAGACAGUGAAAAUCUUGUUCAAACAAAAGCUUCAGAAAUCCCUCUAAAACUGGAAGAUGCUUUAGUGGCACUUGGAGAAGAUAAAUGUUUGCGAGAAGCUCUGGGAGAUGCCUUUAUACAUUAUUUUAUUGCCAUGAAGCAGUAUGAAUUGGAAAAUGAAGAAAGCGAGACAGACAGAAAUAAAUUCCUAGAAUAUUUUAUUUAGAAGGCACUUAUCUAUCCUCUUCCAAAUACAAUAUGAUUGCUUAACUACCUGAAGAUUCAAGUUAAUUCAAUUUAGCAAAUAUUUAUUAAAAGUACUUAAUAUUUAAAAGAUCUACGAUAGAUCUGGAGAAAUCAGGGGCAAAAACAAUAUCUUCAAAGAACAUAGGUCCUAAUGGGAGGAAGAUGAUGUUUUCAGGGUAUAACAUAUGGGCAAAUAAGUGAAAACCAUCAUAUAAAGUCAUUGCAAGAAGGAGAAAACAUAAACAUUUGCUGUAGGCAUGUGGGAUGGAGACCAAAAAAGGUCUUAUGGCAUUCUAGGUAAGUUACUAAAGCUCCCUUGUAUUAAGAGAAAGUAAAGAUCAUGCAUAAAAUGCAGUUCGUUUAGUGUGAGAAUCAGAACCAAUCAGAUUUUAACUUGAGAGCACAGAUACCAUUUUGUGUUGCCAUCUGUACCCUUUUCUAUUUAGUUUUUCUGUAUUCACUCAUGAGAAACUAAAAUUUAUAAAUCAUCUAUUAUUCCAUAUGUACAGGUGGUUAUAAUUAAUCAGUACCUUUUCAUUUUAAGAAUACAAGAUCCUGAAAUUUACUCAUCUCCCUCCCAGUUGGGCUGAAAACUACUCUUUUACUGACCUCUCUCAACUUGAAAAGCCCUUAAAGUUUUCUUCAAUUAGAAAUUAGAUUAAUUUUGUGCCUUGAAUUGUAUCCUGGUUAAUUGUUUUUGUUAUAGUUAAUUGAUCUUUUGGACAUAUUUGAUUAAUUGUUUUUUGGGUAUAAUAAUUUGCUUUACUCUGUAUUUGGGGUCUUUGGAUUAACUGGGGAGUCCUUUGAUUUUUACUUUUAUCUGACUGGCCAAUAAAUCAUUCAUAACCAAA